AUGAUCAUUUCUUUUGACCGCUCAUCAGUCAUAAUGUUUUUCACAUACCUCACCGUCUUCCUUCUCUCAUCUCUCACACCCCUAUCCUCAGCUUCACCAACUCCCAACUCUCCACGCAAUGUCGAGUCCCAAUCCUCAAACCCCCUCACGCAAUUCGCUCUCCAGAAGGUCUCCCAAGACGCCUCCCCCAUCUUCGGCCCCUACCGCAAAACAACCUCCAAAUUCUCCACCUGGAUGAAAUCUCAACCCGACUCCACGCCCCUCACACACAUGACCCUCCCCGGCACGCACGACACCCAAACUUGGAACUACAGCCAAUCAACCCAGGAGCUCCUCUCCGGCAUCACAUCUCUCGGCGGGCAGCCCGUCUACCCAGCAUCCGUAUUCCGCUGCCAAGAAGACCCGAUAAUUUCCAUGCUUGAUGCAGGGAUUCGGGUGUUCGAUUUGAGGUUUGCGUUCGAUGUUACGAAUUCAACUCUGGUGUUUUGGCAUUCGCAGGCGUUGCAGAGUCAGACGGCGACGGUGGAGGAUGUGCUGUUUGGGUUUUAUAGGUGGUUGGAUGAGCAUCCUAGUGAAGCGGUGUUGAUGUCCUUGAACUAUGAGAGUUCCACUACUAGUGAUGCUGCGAAGAGGUAUUUCGUGCAAAAGAAGAAUGUAUUUGGGACGCUGGGGCAAGCGAGGGGGAAGAUCACGUUGUUGAGACGUUUUGGACUGGAUGCUUUGCCGAGGGAGUAUGAGGAGAAGAUGUUUGGUGUGUAUUUUCCUGCAGGAAAAUGGAGUGAUAAUGGGCGGGAUAUUGAGUUGGUGUAUAAUGAGGAGAGGAACCUGACGGCGUAUAUUGAGGAUUUCUAUGAGACUGGGGCGCUGGCCGGGGAGGGUGCGGAGGCGAAUAUUCAGGCGAAGUUUAAUGCUACGACCGAACAUUUGAGGAAGGCGUCGAGUGGGGAUAGAAAUGGUUUGUUUUGGACAUUUGCAAGUGCGGAGUUUAAUGCUGGGGUGCCGAGUGUGUCGCCGAGGAUUAUGGCGACGGGGAAUGGGACGGAGUACACGCCGCUUGGGGGUGUGAAUCAGAGGUUGGUGCCAUUCCUGAAGAUGAUGAAAGAGAAGCGGUUGGGGAUUGUGAUGUUUGAUUUCUUUGGGACGCCGGGGGAGUUGGUGACGACGUUAUUGAGCUUAUGA